CCUUGAUCUUCGCCUCCUCUCCAAUCUACAACCGCUCACCCUCGCAGCGUCGCGCUCGACUUCGUCUUGUUCCAUCUCUCUACCGCCGCUUUCAGUUCAUACCGUCAAUACUAGCAACUUGUCCCGUUUCGAUUAGGUUCGGAUGCUGGAGGGUGUUUGAGAAUCGAGCUUGUGCCAUGGGUACUAGUGGCCGCAACAGUUUGUUAAGAUUUUUUUUUGCGAGUAGUGUUGGUGUGGUGUGAUCAUCACAAGAUGAUACGACAGGAGUUUAUUGUAAUUCGUGUUUAAAAUUAUGGUAUGGAUUCGAGGGAAGGCAGUAGAAGCGGCAGUGAUUUGGUUGGGGACGGCGCUUGCACCAGCGUUCGGCUGAGUUAGCUGGAUCAGGUGGGGGCGGGUCCACCAGAGCAAGCAGUAGGAGGGGUCAUCGCACAGCUGCCGUAGGUUCAGGUUAUUGAAUAGCAAAGCUGACGCUUGGUAGUAGAUCUUUUUGUUUGUUUUAUCGUCAGUGGAAAGAUUGAGGUGAGAAUACUGCGAUGAGCCGUAUCAUGAUGCAGGUUUGUGACGGCAUUGCUUUCGCGGUACGUUUCUGGCGCUUGGCCUAAGGAUAGAGGUUUCCAGAGUCGGUGACUGAUUCUGCGCACGUCGCCGUCGAGGACGAAGUUCAAAUCAACAUGUCAGGGUCGUCAGGUUCUAGCGGUACGAACGCUGCAUGUGCCGCCUGCAAGUACCAGCGCAGGAAAUGCUCCCCCGACUGCCCUUUGUCACCUUAUUUCCCACCCGACCAGCCUAAACGGUUUCAGAACGUGCACAAAUUAUUCGGGGUUUCCAAUAUUCUCCGCAUCCUCAAGCACGUCGACCCAAGCAAGCGUGAAGACACUGUGAAAUCUAUAAUUUACGAGGCCGACACGAGGGAGAAAGACCCAGUUCACGGGUGUCUGGGUGUCACCACUAUCCUGCAAAACCAGGUUUCGAAGCUCAAGGAUGAGCUCGCCGUGGCUCGAGAACAGAUGUACUUGCUCCAACAGCAGCACACUUUUAAUCAGCAGGCGCGCAUGGAACAAAUUGUGGGUUCGUUGGGGGCUAGCUCGAGUGUCGUGGAUGUGAGCUCUGGGCAGGAGGCUAAUGUUCUGAUGCACCACUCUCAGCAAUACAGUGAUAUGAACCAGCUCAAUUCGGAUUUCACCAAGAGCAACCCGCUUUCAGUUUCGUCCUUUGAGCCUGAUCAAUACCUGAGAAAUGACGGCUUUGAUCAGAUCAAACUUAGUUCAGCAUCCACUUCAACAUUUGAUGUGAGCAGGUACAUUAGAGGAGAGUCUCUGGUGCAGCAAUCCGCGCUUCUUGGACAAGUGAAGCUGGACGAGGGAUCUGUCCAGUAUCGUGCACCCAUUUACGGAAUGGCCGAUGUUGGAAGCUCUUUCAUAUCCACUCCUAGCGAUGAUAACUUAACUCAACAUGUAGAUUGCGCCUUUAACACCCCGGAUCCCUAUGCAAUGGCGAUUCGCAGACGUGGCAGUGGCUUUCUCAACCUGACUGCCACCUCUGAGGCUGAACUCAAAAGGUCCACUGGCAGCCACGGUGGAGUUCCCGAGCACGAGCUGAGGAGAGCAGGAGUUUACCUUACCUUAACAAACAACUGAUCUGGACCAUGUAGAAUCACGUUUAAGUCUCAUUCGACCAAGUUCGAUAUCUUCAACUAAUGUCAUCGAUACUACAAACAGUCUUUUUGUAUUUACGAUUCUUCUGAUAGUGUUUUAAAUAUGGUUUUAAAACUGAACUUAAUUGUGUUCACUAUUUGAGGUUACAGGAUAAGUCUGCAGCUUGAAGACUUGAGUGACUGUAAUUUUGAGUAACAUAAUAGGAUGGAACUGCGUCUCUCGACCGCCCUGGCGGCGUAGAUAACAGCGUAGAAGCUGAACUGCUGCUAGUUUCAUAGGUUUGCAGAGUGACUGCAACCGCGUCUAUUGUUCUUCUGAAUCAUUUCAAAUUACGGCGGUUGUAGGUCAUAUUUUUCCAGAGUCUCUGAUUUAACUUAGUAGUGGAAUAUGCGAAUAUUCUGAACAUGCGAAGUACAGUCAGGAUUGAAGAUAUCAACUUGCAGGAUUUGUAGUUAAUCGGGCUGUGAGUUGAUAAGGAUCCAACUGAAGCACAAUUUCAGCAUUUCCAGUUAAGUAUUAAUUUAAACUAGUCUCAAGUUUAAUCAGGGAUGAAGUGAAGGUCACUUUACAGAAGCCUAACUGUUUUCAGCGCACUGUAUAUAGGGCAUCUGACAUGUUAGUGUAGUUUGUAUUCUUCGGCGUGCAGUUUCUCCAUGAAAAUGGACCUGCUUAUGCACAAAUUUUCUUUUGAAAUAUAGACGCAAGUUUUGGAUA